AUGCCACUCUCACCCGCAAACAGCGCAUCCUACGACGCCCCGCCUCGACAGCAUCUUGCGCAGCGCACCGCCAGCAUCAGCUCUGGUAGCGACGCUGCGUCCACCGAGCCAGCCCAGUAUCCGAACGCUGGCAAACACCGCACAUCCUAUGAGGCUCCUAGCCUCCAACCCUCACAAGCGCCCAUGCGACCGCCGCGCGCUGCCGCUCGUCCUUCCGCGGAUCGCGCUGCCAGGCUUCCGCGCCCGCGUUCUGUCGAGAGCCUUCGUCUGGAUUUAGACGGUCUCGAUCUCGGCGGCAACCCACCCUUCGCCUCGCCUCUCGAUGCCACCAACGUAGCGACCCUUCAUGUUCGAACCAGAUCUAAUACCGCGCAAUUGAGCUUGGCCGCCUCAAAACCUGCUUUCCACAUCCCCAACUACAGUGCCGCUCCCGUCGACCCAGAGAGUCUUUGCGUAGCGUGUACGCACAAUGCCAAUCCCAACAACGCGCCCAACAGCAUCGAAGACAGCUUCUCGCUUCAUCUUCGCGAAGAGUGCAGCGACUAUCGCGAGAUCUUGUCGUCUCAGACCGUCCUCAACGCUGUGGUCCAAAAGCAGCAGCAGCGUGAUCGCAACCCGAGCCUCGAAACAGUGCAUUCACAGCGAUCGCGCGCAUACUCGAUCAGUCAUGGCCAGGUGCUUGGAGGCUUCGCAAGUCUCGGUCUGCAGACAGAGGCGGCUCCAGAGCCUCUCAAGCCCCCCAAGCCCAACCGUCAGAGGCCUGCCCGAACCGUCACCGAGGCAUCCACAGACGAGUCCGAGUCGCCUGCCACACCCAUUGAGUGGCGUGACAGCUUCGGCAAUUCUGCAGCCUCUUCGCACGACCCACCGCCCAAAUGGGCGCAUCUUACUGCGCGGCCCUGCAACCCUCUGGAACCGCUCGACGUGCUCUCCAUCGAGGAGAUGGGCCUUCACAGUCUCGACGUGGGCAGCCUCAAUGACUGGGAAGGAUGCAAACUCUCUGCCGAGAUUCUUUGUCCCAUCAACGGCCAUCAACGCAUCGAAUGGUCCGUCGCCCAGACCAACCGUCGCAACAAGAAAUGGGUGGUCGUGCCCAAUGCCACUAUCACCUGCGGCGUCACUCAGGACCUGAAACCGAGCGAGCAGGCCGAGAGGACUGUCAUUGUGAGCAACCGAUCGCUCUGGCUCGACGAAGCUGAAGCGACAGCUGCAGAUGUGGUCUCAGCCCACUCGUCGGGCAUGCCGGUGUCAUCGCAGCAGGACCGUCGCGCAGCCGUCGCACCGGCUCAUCGCAGCUCGAUGCCCUUCUCUGGCAAGGCUGGCUUCGAGCUUUGCCUGCUUCGUCCCACCACUGGCCAAAUCUGCCCUCCGGUCUACCUUGCCAACGCCUCCACUCAUCGCUUCCUACAGAGCUACCGAAAGCAACUUGGUGCGCAGAGCACGCCCAAUCCGCCGCGCUUGCAGCCAGCCGCUUCCGGCCAGCUGGACAGGAAAGCUCCCGUUCCCGUUUAUCCGGCUCUUCGACGAUCCAGAUCGCGUCCUUACUUGCGCCAGUCGCAGCCAGCUCUGCGCCGCUCACGUUCAAAGCCCUAUUUGCGUGCCUCUGCGCAACGACAGGAAGCAUUGCAGGCAGCGCCGCCCACCGGUUUCAACCCCGAAUCGUUUGCUCCGUCGCUGCCAGGCGAUCCGCUCGUACGCGCACAUCCGGGCGAGUCUUGGCCCUCAGCAAGAGUGCGCCGUUCCGACUCGAUGCAGUCGUAUGAUUCGGACUCCAGCAACGAAGCUGGCAGCACAACGUCCGAGGACGAGGCAGGCCUUUCGGCGACCAACAUGCGCGAAUCGAUGAUCGGCUCCGCCUCUUCGGCGUCCUACGAUAAGGCUGCUCCAAGCGAUGGCCAAACUCCUGCACCUUUGGCGAUUCCGAUCGCCCUUCGAGCAAGUCGUUCUGCCGGAGCACUGCGGUCCCUCUCGCCUGCCUCAUCAGGGAGUCGUGGCCUGAGCAACAAUUCGGAGACAUCGGCUGGUUUGGCCGGUUGGCAGCCCAGCAGCUUGGAGCAGAAAGGAUAUCUGAAGCAAGGCGCCAGCAGCCCCUCGUACGAGGCCGACUCUUGGCAGAGUACCUCACCCACCAGUGCAUCGGCGACCACGUCGCUCAGUGCCAGCAGCAAGCAGAGCCGCAGUCGCAAAGGCCUCCACAAGGCUUUGCUCAAGAAAGACAAGAUGCUCAGCUCGUGGUUCAAGCGCCGACCGGAGCACGGUGCUUCUGCGAUGUCUGUAUCGCCCGUCAAGGUUGGCGAGAGAGCACAGCCCGGCCCUGUGAUCGGCGAUGCCGUCAGCUCGCAGAUUUUCGCCAACGCGCUGCAGAUUCCUUCGAAGAAUGCGGUGCCGCAAUCGACACCGCUGACAGAGACGGCGCUGGAAGACUUUCAGCGAGCCAUGUUCCGACCCGCUUCUCCCGAGUCGACCAUCAUGGGCUCCAGGAGGGGCUCGGAAGCUCUCACUCAGAAGGCUGUCGAUACACCUGUACAGGCGUCGGAACACAAGGCAAACACCGGGAGCGGCAACCGGCAAGAGGUGCAUUCGGCGCUCUCCCAGAUGUAUGGGUGGGAUGCGCAGCAGGCAGCAAGCAAGAAGUUUCAGCGUGUGGCGGGUGGUGUCAACGCGCCAGCAGCCAUGUCGUUCGAAGAUUUGGAUGAAGAAUGCGCUUUGCUGGGCCUGGACGCGGUACCUGCGGGAGCGCUGACCAUGCUCAUUCCGCUGCCUCUGAUUGGGAGGAACACGGUGCAGGACGCGCUGCGAUACAUGCGCGUCAACUUUGUCCCCUUCAAGAGCUUCAGCGAUGACUUUGAAACGGCGACAGCGGGUGCAGGCCCCGCUGCGUCGCCGAAUUCCGAAGCCGAGGCUUCUCUGUCGCACAGCAUGAGCACGAGCAGCAAUCAGCUGACCGAGCAACGCCCUGCUGCAGGCGCAGUCAAGUCGUCGGAACAGUCGAGUUGGAGACGCAAACUGGGUCUCUCCAGCAAUCGUAACGGUCAAAACGCAAAUGGCAAUAGCGGUCAAGCACCACAAGCUGCACGACCUACAUCCGACGCAGCACGAGCAUCACCGCCGCCAAGAGCAGCAUUCGAGCCGUUCCGAAUCACAGCUGUGGUACACGACGCACCUUGGACAUCGAGCAGCUCUGCGUCGUCCUUGGACCCACGUCUGCCCGAAGCUGGAACGUUCCCGGUGGUGCUAGGCUACUGCAACAACUCUCAGGGGCUCGAGAUGGUGCCGGAAGGAUGGGGAGCAUUGAAGCUGGCAGGUGUACCCGUACCGACGAAGCCUGACGGCAGUCCGUUGGAUGGCGUUCAUCCUCUGCAUGGGGUGACGGAUAUGAUUACGAGUGGGUGUGUUGCGGUUAUGGAUGUGUGA